GUGUAUAAAUACCCUGUUUAGAAUUAAAGAAGAACAUUCACUUAGAAGAGCCUCAGAUAUAAGUACACAGGUUAUAUCUGCGCAAUUACACAUCGAGAAUACAGAAACAGGACAAACACCAAAUACAGCCAUGCUGAAGACAUUGCUGAUUUGGGCCGUGUUGGCUGCAAGUCUUCCUCCUCCAUCCACUCAGAGCUGCUUCAAUGCCAGUGAGUCUCAGUGUCGUGAUGUGGACUUCACUCCAGGAUCUGACCUGGCAGGAGAAGGCUUUGACAUAACCACCAUGGAACGGAAAGGGGCCUUCGUUCUCGACAUGAGCACUUGGCUCAAGAAGGACAAGUCCUGUACUCUGUGUAAAAACCCCUACAUGGGAGGUCAAACACAGAAGCUCCCGGUUUCUGUGAUGGACUGGAGACCGACUCAGAAGUGCAGCACAAAGUUGACCAGCUCCGUCUACCAGUCUAGUGAGGCCCUGAUCAGCUCCAGCUCCUCCUCUAUUGAGAACAACUGGAAGACAGAUUUGCAGAUAAUGACUCCAAAAGUCCAGGGAUCACUGAUGCUGGCAGGCAGUAAAUCCAAGCUGGCUGAAUAUUCAAUGGAGAAAACCAAAAAAGACAAGUUCAGCUUCACCAGCCAUGCUGUUUCAUGUGGAUAUUACAGAUACAGAGUUUUGAACAGUCCACUCCUGCACCCAGAGCUAGUCAAAGAAUUUGGAAGUCUCCCUGAGAUCUAUGAUGAGUCUUCAAAACAUCUCUAUUACAAGCUGAUUGACAAGUUUGGUACUCAUUAUAUCACAAAGGUGACUCUUGGAGGAGAGGUUCGCUCUGUGACCAGCAUUAAGGAGUGCGAGGCAUCCCUACAGGGUCUGAGUGUGGACGAGGUGAAGAUGUGUCUUGAUGUGGAGGCUUCUGUCAGCAAAGGACCGGCUGCAAACUGGCAGGCAGAGGUUCAUCACUGCAAGCAGGAUAAGGACAAGUUUUUGAGAAAAAAGAGCUUUGCUAGCAGCUUCAAUGACAGGGAUACAAAUGUGAUCGGUGGCUACACUCAGAGUGUCGACCUCCUUUUCUCAUCAUAUAACGACCCAAAUGCCUAUAAGGAGUGGGUGGCAUCUCUUCCAGCUCACCCUGAUAUCAUUUCCUACUCGCUUGAAUCCAUCCACAAUUUGCUGCCAGCGAAGACACAUGCAAAAGCACAUUUGCGCAAUGCCAUCAAGGACUACAUCCUCCAGAGGGGCCUGCUGAAAACCUGCACAAGCCCAUGUAAGAUUGGUGUGAAGACCAACUCUAAGGAGCCAUGCAAAUGCAGCUGCAUAAACAACCCCCAGUUGUCCAUAAACUGCUGCCCCACUCAGAAAGGAUCUGCUGAAGUCACAGUUACUGUGAUAAAAGCCACCGGUUUAUAUGGAGAUUUCUGGGAUGGGACAGAUGCAUUCGUCAAGCUGAGCCUCAAUAAUAUAUUCAGAGCCAUGACGAACACAAUACUGGAUGACGACUCUCCUAACUGGAACGCUGAUUUCCUUCUUGAAACUGAGGACCUUACUCGCUCUAUCACCCUGAAGCUGGAGGUGUUUGAUGAGGACACCAGUUCAAAAGAACUUCUUGGAGGAUGUAAUCUUCACCUGAAAUCUGGUGUUUUCAAGGAAGUCUGUCCACUCAAUCAUGGACUUCUGUAUUAUGAAGUGCAGGUGACGUGCAUUCCCGGUUUGAUUGGUCCUUCAUGCUCAAAACUUAAGCCCUCUCCCAUGGAUGCACAGCUGGAGAAAGUGUACGUCUCCCGCAAUGCUCGCCCGAUUCCCACAGGCAUGUUGUUGAAGAUGGGAGUGCUCCUCGACGAACGUAUUCCCCGCUUCAACCAGAGCCACAUCCGCAAAGAUACAGGCUUUGAGUUGUAGACCAGUUCAGUUCUUUUUAAAAGCUUUUGCAUUUUUAAACCAGUUAUAAUAAUGCUUAUAAUUAAAGUAGAAAAUAAAUGCACUCCCCGUGACCAGAGGUAGUUCGGAUAAGCGGUAGAAGAUGAAUGAAUGAAUAAAUGCACGUUAUAUUGACACAUUAUUGCUAAACUUUUCCUGCUCAUUUGUACUGAACUUUGCCUUUUAAAGAUUAAUAAUGUAUCGUAAAACAACUCUUUCCUUUUUGUUAUUUCAGCCAAUAUUGCAUUAGUAUUGAAAUAUCUUUAAACUAAAAUAAAGAGGCUAUAAUGCAAUUCAAAUCAA